AUCACACAUAAACACACUACUAGUAUAUAGUGUGCUGUGGUGUUCCCUUCCAUUAUCUAAAUACCCUUUUGCUUUGUUUUGUACAACACCUAAAAAAAAAUGAUGGCAUGCCAACAGUGGCCAGAGCCAGUGAUUCGAGUCCAAGCCUUGGCCGAGAGUGGCUUAACCACAAUCCCCGACCGUUUCAUAAAGCCUAAGUCCCAAAGAGUCACUAAUAAUAACACUUCUCAUGCUUCAAAUCCAAACCUAGCCAAUUUUCAUACUCAUGAUCAUGACAACAUUAACAUCCCCGUGAUUGACAUGAAAUACAUCUAUGGCGGCGGUGGUGAGGGGUGGAGGGAGGAGGCGCUCCGCUCCGUGGCGGAGGCUUGUAAGGAGUGGGGUUUCUUUCAAGUUGUGAACCAUGGUGUGAGCCAUGAGUUGAUGAAGAGUGCUAGAGAGGUGUGGCGUGAGUUCUUUCACCAACCACUUGAGGUGAAAGAGGAGUAUGCAAAUUCACCGCUCACUUAUGAAGGGUAUGGAAGUAGGUUGGGAGUGAAAAAAGGGGCCAUUUUGGAUUGGAGUGACUACUUCUUUCUCCAUUACAUGCCUUGUUCCCUUAGGGACCAAGCCAAGUGGCCGGCCCUCCCAACAUCCUUAAGGAAAAUCAUUGCUGAAUAUGGUGAGGAGGUUGUUAAGCUAGGAGGAAGGAUGCUUGAGAUAUUGUCAAUAAAUCUUGGGCUUAGAGAGGAUUUCCUCCUAAAUGCAUUUGGUGGUGAAAAAGAUCUUGGUGCUUGCUUAAGGGUGAAUUUCUAUCCAAAGUGCCCACAACCUGACCUCACUAUGGGGCUGUCCUCUCACUCAGACCCUGGUGGCAUGACCAUUCUUCUCCCUGAUGAAAAUGUGUCUGGACUCCAAGUACGCAAAGGAGAUGAUUGGAUCACUGUUAAGCCUGUCCCAAAUGCUUUCAUCAUCAACAUGGGUGACCAAAUUCAGGUGCUGAGCAAUGCAAUUUACAAGAGUAUAGAGCACAGGGUGAUUGUGAACUCCAACAAAGAUCGAGUUUCAUUGGCCUUUUUCUAUAAUCCCAGAAGCGAUAUUCUGAUUCAACCUGCCGAGGAACUUGUGACUAAGGAUAGGCCAGCACUCUACUCACCAAUGACCUUUGAUGAGUAUAGACUUUUCAUUAGGACAAAAGGACCUAGUGGAAAAGCUCAAGUUGAAUCUUUGGCUUCCAAAUGUGAUUCCAAUUGAGUAGUUUGCACUUUGCAGUGCACACAUGCAUAUGAAUAAUUGAUCAUCUCGUGUUUGUAUUUAUCAGAUGCAAUUAAUUAAUAUCCCACUCUUCUAUGUCACACUUGUCUCCAUUUUUCUUAUCUCAAAUAUAUUGUUGAGGUAUUGCCUCGGUCAA